CAUAAAUAAUCGUCACAUACUUUUACAAGUUUAUAAUAAAAAAUUAAAAAGCUUAGGAAGAAAAAACCUAGUGCCUUCCAAAACUGCACAGGCCGCUUUUUUAAGGCUGGGAAUGAACUGCGGAGGUUGGAUUUCGAAGAAACAUAUUCAUAAGGAGACAUCUUCAUUCAUUUACAACGCUCUUCUCCGGCCUCUUUAGUUGCCGCCUCCUUUUACAGUAUUUUUCAGCUGCCUCCUCCUACAAUUUGUUUAGACAUUCUUUAUUACACUUACCUGAACUGGUUAAGUUACGAAGGAUGUUGAACGGAGAUGAUUGGUCGCGCGUUAGGUUAAAUGAUGUAAGCCUUGCACAAAUGGGAUGGACAAAGAGAUUUUGUAAUAAAGAUUUGAUGGAGGAAGAUGAGCUAGUUCCCACGCGUUUUAAUACAAACCCCAGCUCUCCCUGCUUGGUUAUCUCCCCUGACAAGCUCUCUGCACAGUACAGUGGCGAGGGAAAGCAUGGUCAUGAUGUUGGUGCAGCGCAGGCUGAUUGCCCUGCCCCUGUUAAGAGACUUCUUUAUUACUUUGAGAUUACUGUUAAAGACAGGGGACAGCAAGGCUAUGUUUCCAUUGGCUUUACGGAUCGACAAUUCAAGGCUGGCAGACAUCCCGGGUGGGAGCAAAAUUCCUUUGGGUAUCAUGGAGAUGAUGGCUUGGUUUAUCGUGGACAAGGAAAGGGUGAACAAUUUGGUUUUCCCACUUUUACAACUGGAGAUACAGUUGGCGCUGGCAUAAAUUAUGCUGCACAAGAAAUUUUUUUUACACACAAUGGAAAAUUCCUUGGAUCAGUCCCUAAGGAUGUAAUUGUGCCCUUGUUUCCUACCAUUGGUCUUCAUAGCUUGAAUGAAAAGGUGGAAGUGAACUUUGGACAAAGAUCAUUUGUUUACGAUAUUGAGCAAUUGGUCCAAGAGGAAAGAGACAAGCUCCAAUCUACAAUAGAAAAUGUAUCUUUGCCCCUUAGUAUUAGUCACAGAAUUGUUCGGUCUUAUUUGAUGCAUUAUGGAUAUCAAGACACACUUAAAUGCUUUGAUACAGCAAGUGGAAACACGUUUCCUCCAGUAAUAUUUUCGCCCCAAGAAUUGAAUAACGAGUCUUUAAAUGAAGAGAUCUAUGCAUUAGAACAACGCAAGUUAUUACGAAAGCUUAUUCGGAGUGGUGAUAUUGAUUCUGCCUUUAGUAAGCUCCGGGAAUGGUAUCCAAGACUCUUACAGGACAACAUGUCAACCAUAUGCUUUCUUCUUCAUUGCCAGAAGUUCAUCGAACUUGUUGCGGAAAGACGCUCAGAAGCUGCAAUAAAUUAUGCUCGCUUGGAGUUGCAAAGAUUUUAUGGAGUUGGUACCCUUGAGGAUUUGCUCAAGGAUGCUGUUGCUUUGCUUGCAUAUGAAGACCCCAAAAACUCUGAUUUAGGUUACCUACUCAGCUUGACUCAAAGAGAAGCGGUUGCAGAUGCAGUAAAUGCUAUGGUUUUAUCAACUAACCCUGCAUUGCAAAAUCCAGAACGCGUUCUAACAUCAUCUCUGGAGAAGUUACUGAAGCAGCUAACACUCUGCAAUACAAUGAGAAGGGAUCUGAAUGGGCGACAAGGCGAAAUUUUUAAUUUGCACAAGCUUUUACAUGGGGCAGGCUCUACGGGCCAUGCCCUUGGCAAAUCUUGAACUUUGGUCAUCAUCAAAAAAGUUGCAGGUUAAGCUUUAUGAGGCCCUUACACUUCUACCGAUCCUCAUUCAGUGAAGGCGCAGAACUGAUUUUCAUGAUGUUUAACAGUUGUGUCGGGUAGAUCAAGCCAGAGUUCUGGGGUUAGAAGUGGUGAAAGAGAAGUCAAUAAGGGUGGGAGGUUUUGGCAUCAUGUCCCUGCUUGCAUUUAUUGUACCAAAAAUGAUCAAGGAAUGGAUGUGAUUUGUAUAAUGUUACUUUGUCCAGUCAUAAUUUUGGAUAAAUUUUGCUCUCAUGUACAAUUGUUUUUGCUUAAAUUUCUUUCUUUGCACUUCUCUUGCUGAAGGGAUUUCAUUUAAACCCAUAAGUUAUUGUAUUGUAGGUAUUAUGGUAACAAUUUCCUAGUGCUUAACAUCUAGCCAUAUUUUUCUGCGGAGGCUGCUAAACUUCCAACAUAGCUUAUUUGAGUUAUUCCAUUGUUUAUCAUAUAUACUAGUUAUCAGCUUUUGGAAGUAAUCAA